CUUAAGCUCUCAUAUAUUCUAUUUCGUCCUCUCUCUCUCUCUCUCUCACUCUCUCUAAAUAUUAUAUUCUCGCUUCUUGUGUUUCUUUCACCCUCAAAUUGCUUCUCCUUUCACCCAUAACACCCUUCUCUCUGACCAUUACACAAUGUCGGAUUACAGAGACGAAGAUCCUCGUAUCCAUGGCAUCAGAACUAAGAUUCGUGUCGUCCCCAAUUUUCCCAAACCUGGUAUUAUGUUCCAAGACAUCACGACUCUAUUGCUCGAUCCGAAAGCCUUUAAGGACACUAUCGAUUUGUUCGUUGAAAGAUAUAGAGGCAAAAACAUCUCUGUUGUUGCAGGAAUAGAAGCUCGAGGAUUUAUAUUUGGUCCUCCCAUUGCUCUGGCAAUAGGAGCCAAGUUUGUUCCCAUGAGGAAACCCAAGAAGUUGCCUGGGAAAGUGAUAUCUCAAGAUUAUACAUUAGAGUAUGGAAGAGAUCGUAUGGAGAUGCACGUCGGAGCUGUGGAGGUCGGCGAACGAGCUCUGGUGGUUGAUGAUUUGAUUGCCACCGGUGGAACUCUCUGUGCCGCCAUGGAUUUGCUAGAACGUGUGGGAGCUGAAGUGGUUGAAUGUGCAUGCGUGAUUGAACUACCAGAAUUGAAGGGUCGUGAGAGAUUGAAUGGGAAGCCUUUGUAUGUGUUGCUGGAGUAUUAUCCUGAAGCAUGAGGAAUCUUUGAGAGAGAAUUAAUUAAAGUCGUUUUUUUUUUUAAUUCUGGAUUAUUCCAUAAUUAAUUAAAUUAAAAUGCGUGGUUGUAUAUUAAUCAGCCUGCCUGGUUGAGGGCUUGAGGCCUAUGGUUUGUAGUACCAAAAUCCAAUUAUUUUAAGAACAAUCCUUUUGGGCUUUAUCUUAUGGUUCCUCUCUCUGUCCAUA